ACUUUUAAUAAGUAAAGCAAAAAUAUUUUCCUAAAAUAAUAUGAAUUAAAAAAAAGAUUCAGUUUUUGAUAAAUAUAUUAUUAGGAUUUAUAAUAUUGCAAUUUGGUUAUAAUUUUUGAUCAAUUUAAUUUUUGCAUUUUAGAAAAACGACUACCAAAUUUAAAAGAAAAAUUAAUAAAUAUUUUUAGAGUAGGGAUUAUUAUAGUUUGUAUUUUAAGUAUCUGUAAAGUCUUAAAUCAUGGCAAGCAAAAUUAAGGUGAACGAUGAAGAAAAGAAUAUAAAAAGAUUAGUUGAUUAAAAGAAUUCGUUGCUUCUCAAACUUGAUGAUAUUAAAAAAAAGAUUGAUGACAAAUCUUAAAGGACUAAAAGACUGUAGGAAAAGAAAGAUAACUUAUUAAGAGAAAAUGAAGAUAUAUAGAAAUUCUAUGAUCGAAUAGUCUUGAGAAAAGAAAAAAACCUUUUAAAUUAACUACCUUUGGCUAACUUAGCUAACGAAAAAGCUGAGGAUGAAGAUGAGAAAGAAUUUUAGCUAAAACUUGAAGAUAAAAUAGAAUUCAAUUUAGAAUAGUAUUUAACAGAGCUUGAGAACUCAAUAAAGAGGGAUAUUAAAGAAUAAACCCGCUUAAUGUCAGGUGAAAGUUAAUAAAAUAAUGAACUUUCUGAAUAUUAAAAGUCUAAUACUAACGCUGUUUGUAUAAAAAAUAUUAUUUCAAUGAGUAGGAAAAGUCCUUCAAAUGAUGAUAAAUUGGGUAUUUAUUAUAACACGUUCAAAAUUUUAAAGAAGACAAAAGUGAAAGAGCUUAAAGAAACAGCAUUGAAAUUUUGGGGUACUCAAAACUAUCAAAAAUAAGAAGUCUAAGAUUAGUAUGAAUUAGUUGAUUUGGAAUUGAACCCAAUAACGUAAGAGGAUUAAGAAAUUGAUGCAAUUCUUUAGAAGCUAACUGAACAGAAAUUAUCUACUUUGAUACUCAGGAAAAAAAAACUUGAAGAAAAAAAAGUUAUUGAGAACGACUCAAAAUUAAAUGAAAAUAAAGAAGGAGGAGACAAUGCAGAUGGGAGCAAAAAGAAAAACUAGAAUAAAGAAAAAGAUUAACAAGAGCAAUUAAAAAAUAAAAAAAAUGAUAUUAUCAAAGCAUUUGAUAAAUUUUUUUAUAACCUUCCACUACUCAGAUCAUAUUUUGCUUUUAAAGAUUAAGAUAUUGUUGAAAAAACUAAUUAAGAUUAAACAAAAAUAGGUUUAUAAGUUGAUGAUUAUUCUUGUGUUGCUCUCAUAUUAGUUGUGGUGCUCUAUUCACUCACUCUUUCUUCUAUGUUAGCUUAUGAAAAUUUAAGAGUAAGCUUUGUCAAUACUACAAAGCUAGUAUAUUACAUGGAUAUUGAUAACUACUUUGACACUGCUUUUGUUAAUGUGAAUUCUUUUGAAUCAUUAACAAAUUUUUUAGUUUAAUCUCAUUUCAGUAUUUAGCUCUUCUAAACAAAUUCAUAACUUAGAUAGAAUUUUUCUGUAUUAGGUGCUAUAAGAAUGAGACAAGUGAGAACUAGGAAAAGUAAAUGUAGGGUAGAUGUUCAGGACAUCUAAUGUUAUUAUACAGCUUACAACGAGUAGACAAAGGAAAAAAACCCAAUAAAUCAUGGUAAAUAUGCAUAUGAGAUAUACUAAAAUGUUUAUCAAUCAGGUACUUUAAGAAACAUAGAAGGUUAGUUUGGUACUUAUGAUAGCAGUGGUUAUAUUUAUGAUAUCCCUCAAACUUUUGAAUACAAUGAUUAUACAGUAAGUAUGCUUUAACUAUUUAAGAACAAUGUCCUUAAUGAUCCAAGUAUAAGAGCUAUUUUUAUACAAUUUACCCUUAUGAACGAAGAAGAUGGUACUAUGAUAUUCUUAGAACUUAUGUGUGAAAAUACAGCUUUUGGAUUUUUCUCUUCAUACACUUCAAAAAUUUACAAAUCUAUUGAUGGUGCUCAUACCUGCUCAUUUGAUCCUAAAUUAUAUAUUAACGUUUUAUUUACACUAUUUUACACUUACUAGAUCAUUCAAUAUGGUUUUAGCUAUGCUUUCUCUCUCAUAGGAAUCCUUAAUUUAGUUAUUUAAGUAUUUAUUUAUUUAUCUGUUUCUUAAUAAUGCUAUCUUGAUUCGUAUAGCUUAGGAUACACUCCUACCUAAAACCAGUUUAUCGAUGUUGGGUCCAAAACAUCAAAUUAUUAAUUGAUGGUUAUGUAUUAAAGUAUAUCUUGUGGGAGUUGCUUGCUUAGGUUAAUAUUUUUCUUAGAGUUUUUCAAUUCUUUUAGAAAGAUAAUGUAGUCUAUAAACCAUGGAAUAUUUUCUUUGUACAUCUCUAUUGCAUUCAUUUUUGGGCUUUUAUGCAGCUUUGCUUUAAUUUAUUUAAAUAUGUGGGGAUAAUGGAUUUCUGCUGCAAACACUUUUAUCAAAGCUCUAUUUAGCUUGGUAUUGAUGAUGAUUGGAUGCUAUGAUUUCUCACAAAUAACUUAUGAUGGAACCGCCUUGAUUUUUUUCGUAUUUGUCUUUUUCAUUUUUUCUUUCUUCCUAAUGAGUAUAAUCACUGUUCACCAUAUAGAUGAGUACCGUUAGAUUGUGUUACUUUAUGGAGACGAGAGCUAAAAUAGAUAUACAUUAAAAGAUAAUCUUAGAUGGCUAAUAGUACUUUUACCAGAUAAAUAUUAAAAAUUAAUUUUUGAAUAAGAAUGAUUAAAUUCAAAAUAUUUUCUUAUUAAAACUCAAUAAAUAAAAUAAAAGAUAUUUUUUUAGCUCAAAAUUAUUUUUGUUGUUUAUUUAUUUAUUUAAAGAAUGUUUUAUAUUUUUAGAGAAUAUUUGUU